CUCUACAACCAAAGACACGUCCCCUCUGCCCCAGCUGGACGUCAGCAGCCUGUCCACCCCUCGCAAGCUGAUGGACUCCUCCCAGUUCAGCACCCCAGGGACCACCAGCAUGCGUGAGCUGCAGGCGCAUCACGAGGCCCGCGAGGACCCUGACGUGCACCCGGAGGAGAACACCCAAGAGUUCAUGGGCGUCCUCAUCAAAGGCCUGGCCAAACUCAAGAAGAUCCCUGAGGCUGUCAAGGCCAUCAUGGAGCGCCUGGAGCCUGAGCUGAAGCAGAUACUGAAGAGAUCCACUACCCAGAUAGCUGAUCACGCCUACCAGAGAGGAGAGAACCUAGCCACAGAGAGCCAGCCCAGGCUGCUGCUGGAACUGCUGGAGCUGCUGUUUGACAAGUUCAACGCGGUAGCUGCGGCCCACAGUGUGGUGCUGGCCCACCUGCAGCAGAUCGUGGUGUCCCCCGGAGCCCAGGAGGGCAUCAAGCUCUAUGAGCUAGCCGACGUCUCUGCUAAGAUCCAGACCGUGCUCCAG